GUUCGUCUCAGCACCGCUGAGCCAUGCACCCUGCGUUGCUGCAUUGGAACAAAGUUCCGCAGCGCAACCAUGGCCUUCAUCGGACCCGGGAGGUGACGCAGCUUCCAGCGCUGCAUGCAGCGCAGGAUUUCUUGAGACCUCCCAGUAUGUCGCCAGCUGUUCGACUGGAAGCGUCCCGUUUGGGAGAACGUCUCAUGGCAUCACAGCAGGCAACGAUGGCAUCCCAGAUUGUCAUUGAUGAGAUGGAGGCCAAAUUGCAAGCAGCAGCUGCAUGGCAGAAGAUGUCAAUGGAUCGAUCAAGGCCCCGGCAUGAGCUUCUGUCGCAGCUGCCUGACAGACCCAAGCCUACCGCGGUGCCAUUGGCUGCCCGAGCCAUGGGUCCACUGCAACCAGGCACUGUGAGGAUUUCGCGCCCGGGCUAUUUGCCCCCGUGGGUGUCGGAGGAAACCUGGUCCUCCAUGCAGAAUCUCGCCUCCCGGGCGGCGGAACAACGAGAGAAGGGCAAACCAUGGAAGCCCAAGGUGCCACGUUUUUGAUCCCUGUGAGCAUGUGCUUCACGUAUCGCGGCCCUUUUUGCUGCAGAUGUGCCACAGUCACCUGGGGCGGUUGGUCAAGCAUUGCAUCGAUCUUCCGUCGAGUGACCGCAGCACAUAGGAAAGGACUUUUGAAGAUCCAUAUGCAGCACGCUAUGUGCAAAAACACGAGCAACUGGCAAAGUUGCUCCG